AUGUACUCCAAUAGUAUACGGAGCGUCAGCAAGGGAACGAUGGGCCUUAGCCAGCGCGCCGGUAUCAUGUCGGCUCGCCGCUGGCCGGCCGGAGCAGCUAGGCGCUCGCGGGCACCGCCGGCCUGUGAGCUGGCUCAGAGCCUGGGCGCAUUAUGCAACACCGCCCGACCUGCCCCACGUCUAGCCGCGGAGCGCGUCGCACUAACCCGUCGCCUCGCUAUGCCGACCGACCUAGAUGCACUUUUACAGUGA